GAUUGGAUUUUUAAUCUGCCUGGUGGCACUUUCUUACGCAUGAAGCAAAUUUCAAAUUGGAUUUUUAAUCUGCCUGCUGCAACUAUCUUUAUCCACGACUCUAGUAAUAAAUACGGAUGCAUAGCCACUGCUUUUUGUAAAUGGUUGUGUGCUUACACUUACUUCUCACCACCAUUUUUUCAUCUGGUGUACCCUGCGGCAAAUCUAAUUUUUAUAGCAGUGAGAAUGGCAGAAAAAGGAUUUGAUGUUCAGGGAUGGGCAGCCAGAGAUCAAUCUGGCGUUCUUUCGCCUUUUAAUUUUGCUCGCAGGAAGACUGGUCCCAAUGAUAUUACGUUCAAAGUUGCUUUCUGUGGGAUCUGCCAUUCGGAUUUGCACCAGCUCCACAACGACUGGGGUAACACCCAAUACCCAGUUGUUCCAGGGCAUGAAAUCGUUGGGACUGUAACUGAAGUGGGAACACAAGUAAAGAAAUUUGCGGUGGGGGACCGUGUUGGAGUGGGGUGCAUGGUGCGCAGCUGCCAUAACUGUGACAGCUGUGAAAAGGGGGUAGAGCAAUACUGUGACAAAAUUGUCUUCACCUACAAUUCUAUGGAUGUGGAUGGGUCUAUCACUUACGGAGGUUACUCAUCUAUAAUGGUCUGUGACCAGAAGUUUGUAAUUAAGGUGCCAGAAAGCCUGCCAUUUGAUGCGGCUGCUCCAUUGUUAUGCGCUGGAAUAACUGUUUACAGCCCCAUGAUACACUUUGGAAUGACAGAGAAAGGAAAUCGUUUGGGCGUAGUUGGGCUUGGAGGUCUGGGUCACAUGGCGGUAAAAUUCGGCAAAGCGUUUGGCCUGCAUGUGACCGUUAUCAGUACAUCCCCAAAGAAAGAAAAAGAAGCUAAAGAGAUCUUGGGGGCUGAUGAUUUCCUUAUCAGCAAAGAUGCGAACCAGAUGAGUGAUGCAGCUAAAUCGCUGGAUUAUAUAAUUGAUACUGUAUCUGCUGAUCAUCCCCUGCCUCCAUUGCUCAAUUUGCUCAAAGUCAAUGGAAAGCUUGUUGUUGUUGGCAUUCCUAAUAAACCUCAUCAAUUUCCUGCUACUAGUGUUAUAUUUGGGCGGAGAUUAAUUGCAGGGAGCUCUAUUGGCGGAAUUAAGGAAACGCAGGAGAUGAUGGAUUUCUGUGCAGAGCACAACAUUUCAUGCAGCAUAGAAAAGAUAUCCAUUGAUUAUGUCAACACAGCAAUGAAAAGGCUGGAGAAGGGAGAUGUUAAAUAUCGAUUUGUCCUUGACAAUGCUGAGAGUUUUAAGGUUUAAACAAAAGAUGUAUAGCAUCAUGUUUCUUCCAAUUGUUAGAUAAAUUAGAUUAGUGUUGAGGUUUAGUUGCAGAAGGAUUUAGAUUAAUAACUUUAAAAUUUGGAGAGAAAGACAUACAGGACUAGACACUGUUCGUAAUCAUGUAGUAAGAGUAUUGAUUAUUGAUAAUAUUACAUGUUAAAAUUA